AAGUGUAAAAUAAAUUUUGCCGACUUCCGUAUUUGCAGCUGUCUUUCGGAUAUUUUGAGAAUUGGGUGUUAGGGACUGUUUCCUACUCAAUACAUAAACAUCUGUCAUCACCUAAACAGAUUAGAAACCAACUGUUAGAUUCCGCCAGCCAUGGCUACAUCUCUGAGCACACCAAAGCUCAGCACUACUCUUUCUUCUCCAACUCUCCACUCUCUACUCUACAAACACAAAUUCUCUCUUCUGUCACUCUCUAACCCAAUUAAGCCUCUCCACUUCAAUUUUCUCACCCACUCCCGUAGUACCCCAUCAUCAUUAUCCUGUACCCGCCGCCGUUUCACCGCCCCACGCGCCGAGUCCUCCAAUGGCGCUGACGCUCCUCGCCACUACGACUUUGACUUAUUCACCAUCGGUGCUGGUAGCGGUGGUGUUAGGGCUUCUCGUUUUGCGUCUAAUUUUGGGGCUUCUGUUGCUGUUUGUGAGCUCCCUUUCUCCACUAUUUCUUCUGAUUCCACUGGUGGCGUUGGUGGCACGUGUGUACUUCGUGGAUGCGUACCCAAGAAAUUACUCGUGUACGCGUCAAAAUAUUCUCAUGAGUUUGAGGAAAGUUGUGGUUUUGGAUGGAACUAUGAUGUGGAACCUAGAUUUGAUUGGAGCACCCUCAUUGCCAAUAAAAAUGCCGAGUUGCAGCGCCUCACGGGUAUUUACAAGAAUAUUCUGAAGAAUGCUGGUGUCACUCUGAUUGAAGGGAGAGGAAAGGUUGUGGAUCCUCAUACGGUGGAUGUGGAUGGAAAACUCUACUCGGCUAAGAACAUACUGAUUUCAGUUGGGGGACGCCCAUUUAUCCCAGACAUUCCUGGUAGCGAAUAUGCUAUAGAUUCCGAUGCUGCCCUUGAUUUGCCAACGAAGCCUAACAAAAUUGCCAUUGUCGGAGGCGGUUACAUUGCACUUGAAUUUGCUGGAAUCUUCAAUGGCUUGAAAAGUGAGGUCCAUGUUUUUAUAAGACAAAAGAAGGUUUUGAGAGGAUUUGAUGAAGAAAUUAGGGAUUUUGUUGGUGAACAGAUGUCACUGAGAGGAAUUGAGUUCCAUACUGAGGAGUCGCCUCAGGCUAUUGUAAAGUCAGCGGAUGGCUCACUGUCUUUAAAGACUAGCAGAGGAACAGUUGAAGGUUUCUCUCAUAUCAUGUUUGCAACGGGAAGAAGACCUAAUACAAAGGUUUGUUCUGCUUUCCCGUUGCUAGCUUAUCUCCACCCUUCUUUUGGGCUCUCCUGCACUCCCUCUUUGGGUGNACCUAUUGGACAAGUUGGUCUAAUGGAAGAACAGGCCAUCAAAGAGUUUGGUGACGUUGAUGUUUAUACAGCAAAUUUUAGGCCCUUAAAGGCUACUAUUUCUGGUCUUCCAGAUCGGGUUUUCAUGAAACUUAUAGUCUGUGCAAAGACAAGCAAAGUUCUGGGCUUGCAUAUGUGUGGAGAUGAUGCACCAGAAAUUGUACAGGGAUUUGCGAUUGCAGUCAAAGCUGGGUUGACCAAGGCGGACUUUGAUGCCACUGUGGGAAUUCACCCUACAUCAGCAGAGGAGUUUGUCACCAUGCGUACCCCUACAAGGAAGGUUCGAAGCAGUCCAUCUGAGGGAAAGGCAGAGCACGAUAUUAAAGCUGCAGCUGGAGUUUGAUGUGCUCCAAUAAAGGCUCAUUUUGUUGAAUGACAUAAAAUACAUGUGGGUACAACUUUGCAAGAGGUUUUGGACUGAUAGGAGCAUAUGGAACAUCAGUUGUGGACUCACAAUAAGCAAAAAGCUUUCUUGAACGACGAGUCACUGAUACUUGUUGGAACCAGGGCUAACUUCACUGCUUGAAAAGGGCUUUAAAGGUGCUUGUGAGGAUGCUAUACGCAUUCGUCCACUUUCUUGCAUCUUGUCAACAGUAUAGCCUUUGAUCAACGUAAUGGAGAUUUAACAAUUAUGCCCAAUUUUUUCUUAGGGAAGUCCAGAGAGAAGUUAUUAUUAAUACCCGAUGAUGUUUUUCUCUAUUUUAUAUUAUCCUUUUGGGGUUGGGGGCACAAUCAGGUGGUGUUAUUAUAACAUUGCUUAUUAGAUAUUGUUUCUGUGUAACUAUAACAUUAUGUGAUAUUCUGCAACAAUAGCAAUUAUGCAGAUUGCUCAUGGUGUUUAUAUACAGUAAUAUAAAGCAGCUAUGGGAAACGUUGAUCAUUGGUCAGCUUACACAUCUUUCAUUACUUGUCAGGCGUUUGAUAUUGUAAAGAUUUAACUUAUAUACACGGAGUGCCAAUAAUUGUUGCA